AUGAUGUUGCUACGUUCUACAACCUACGUGAAAGCAUUUAGCACUUGCAAAUUGAACACUAACCAGGUAAGAAUGGUUAGCAGUGGAUUGGAUGCAUUAAGAUUAAAGAUUACCAAGGCUGCAAAAAGGACUGCCCUAGAAAAUGAGACUGAACUUACUUUUGGUCGUAAAUUUACUGAUCACAUGUUGACUGUAGAAUGGACCAGUGAAAAUGGGUGGGGAGAACCGGAACUUAAACCGUACGGUCCGCUUGUUCUGGACCCAUCAGCUUGUGUAUUCCAUUAUGGGUUUGAAUUGUUUGAGGGUUUGAAAGCUUAUAGAACGCCAUCGGGGAAAAUCUCGUUGUUCCGGGCCGAUAAGAAUAUGGAACGUAUGAACAAAUCCGCUGCAAGGAUAUGUAUGCCUACUUUCGAUGGGGAAGAGCUUAUUAAGUUGAUGGGGAAAUUAAUUGAGCUAGAUAAGGACCUUGUACCCACCAGAAAAGGAUACUCCCUGUAUCUCCGCCCUACAAUGAUUGGUACCACGUAUGGGCUCGGCGUCAGCGCUCCAAAUAGGGCAUUGCUGUUUGUAAUUGCGUCACCAGUGGGGCCUUAUUUUAGCACUGGUUUCAAAGCGGUCAGCCUUGAAGCUACCGACUAUGCGACAAGGGCAUGGCCAGGUGGUGUUGGCGACAAGAAACUGGGUGCCAAUUAUGCUCCAUGUAUUUUACCUCAGAAGCAAGCGGCAGCUAAAGGAUACCAGCAAAAUCUGUGGCUAUUUGGCCCUGAAAAUAACAUCACUGAGGUAGGCACUAUGAAUGUGUUCUUUGCCUUCAAGGACUCUAAGACUGGUAAGAAAGAACUAGUGACAGCUCCGCUAGAUGGUACAAUUUUGGAAGGUGUGACACGUGACUCCAUCUUGACAUUAACUCGCGAACGGUUAGAUCAAGAAGAAUGGUCAAUUCAGGAGCGGUAUUGUACAAUUCAUGAGGUGGCGGAAAGGGCGUCAAAGGGAGAAUUACUUGAGGCGUUUGGAUGUGGUACCGCAGCAAUUGUGUCCCCCAUCAAAAGUAUUGGUUGGAAGGGAAAAAAUAUUGAGGUUCCAUUGCUCCCAGGCAAUGAAGCGGGACCGCUAGCAAUUCAAGUUACGGAUUGGAUUACAGAAAUCCAAUAUGGGAAGGAAGAAUACCGUAAUUGGUCUCGAAUCUUGGUGGAUUGA